AUGAUGAAGGUUCUACCUGUCCUACUGUUGACCACCAUCUUGUGGACUAAAACGGGUGAGUCUUUGACAUGAUGGUCAUUUGCUCCUGGAACAACCUCCUUAGCUUGGAGAGGAGAAGACUGACAGGUGAAAGGAUGGCAACCUUCAAGUAUCUGAAGGGCUUUUCACGUGGAAGAUGGAGCAAGCUUGUUUUCUGCUGCUCCAGAGGGCAGGACCUGAAUCAAUGGAUUCAAAUUACAAGAAAGAACAUUUCAACUAAGCAUUGGGAAGAACUUUCUGAGGGUAAGAGCUAUUCGACAGAGGGAUCGACCAGCUCAGAAAGUGGUGGAUGUCCAUUAUUGGAGAUUUUUAAGGUUGGAGAAGCCAUCUGUCAAUAACAACAACAACAACAACAUAUUUAUACCCCGCCCAUCUGGCUGGGUUUCCCCAACCACUCUGGGUCGCUUACAACACAUAUAAAAACAUAGUAUAAUUUCAAAUGUUAAAAACCUCCCGAUACAGGGCUGCAUUCAGAAGUCUUCUAAAAGUCAGAUAGUUGUUUUUCUCCUUGAUAUCUGGUGGGAGGGUGUUCCACAGGGUGGGUGCCACUACCGAGAAGGCCCUCUGUCUGGUUCACUGUAACUUGGCUUCUCACAAUGAGGGAACUGCCAGAAGGCCCUCGGUGCUGGACCUCAGUGUCCGGGAAGAACGAUGGGGGUGGAGACGCUCCUUCAGGUAUACUGGACUGAGGCCGUUUAGGGCUUUCAAGGUCAGCACCAACACUUGGAAAUGUACUGGGAGCCAAUGUGGGUCUUUCAAGACUGGUAUUAUGUGGUCUCGGUUCAGAAUUCUUUGGCCCCGAUUCCUGCAUUGCAGGAGGUUGGACUAGAUGAUCCUUGGGGGUUCCCUUCCAACUCUACAAUUCUGUGAUUCUUGUGGGCAUCUUAGAAAGGAGCACAAGGACAUGGUUUGGCCCGGCAGCCAGCCAGCCACCCAUGAUUGGUUGCUCAGAUGCCCUCUUAAGAGACUUACUGGGGAGAAACCUGGGGAUCUCUGGUUACCGUAUUUUUCGCUCCAUAACCUGACCAUAAGGCGUAUCUAAUUUUAGAGGAGGAAAACAAGAAAUAAAAUAUUCUGAAUGAAACAGUGGAUGUAUGAUUCUUGUGGUUCAUGCUAUGGCCACAGACAUGUGAUUUGAUGGUGAAUUUGGGGUGACCCAGUGCAAAGAUCCUGAGGAUCCAUGUGGAUCUGUGCUUUGUAAUCAUAUUUUUGCACCAUUGCAGCCCCAGGAAACAGUGGAUAUGUGAUUUUUUUGGUGCAGGCUGUAGCCAUGGACAUCGUAUUGUAUCGUAAAACCUUUAUUGGCAUCACAUGCAACAUCCAAAACAAAUCAAUACAGAAUUACCACUUCCCCAGUGGCACAAAACAUUUACUAAAAGAAAGGAGGCAUUCGCUCCAUAAGACGCACAGACAUUUCCCCUUACUUUCUAGGAAGAAAAAAGUGCGCCUUAUGGAGCGAAAAAUACGGUAGGUAGUUCCAGUACUUAGCCUGUGUCAUUUGAAAGUCCUAGCGAAGACAGAUUUCUCCCCCAUUUUUAUGGUGUGUGUUUUAUUUUAUUUUAAAAAGUUGCUUCUUCCUUGCAGCUUCUUCCCUGGAAUGUUAUACCUGCAAUGAAACGAAAUAUUCUGGUUGUGACACUGUUGUGAACUGUUCUCAAACAGAUCGCUUCUGCACGCGUUACACUGGUAAGUAUGGGGAGGCUGAGUGUAGCCAUUGCGCCUAGUAGCCGUCAGUAGCCCUCUCCUCCAUGAAUUUGUCUAAUUCUUUUUCAAAGCCAUCCAAGUUGGUAGCCAUCAGUGCUUCAUGGGGAAGUGAGUUCCAUAGUUUAACUAUGGAUGCAUCAAGAAGUACGUUAUUUCUUUGGUCCUUAGUUUUUCAGCAUUCAUCUUCCCUGGAUGCCCAUGAAUUCAAGGGUUAGGAGAGUGAGAGAAAAACUGUCUCUCUCCACUUUCUCCAGGUUAUGCAUUAUUAUGUUGCCUUUUGCUUGCUUUUUCUCGAAAGUCAAUGAAACAAUAAAAUUAUAGCUUUCUGUGGGUUAAACCACAGAGCCUAGGAGUCCCUUUACCUUUAACCAUGACCCACGCAGGUGGCGCUGUGGGUUAAACCACAGAGCCUAGGACUUGUCGAUCAGAAGGUCGGCGGUUCGAAUCCCUGCGACGGGGUGAGCUCCCGUUGCUCGGUCCCUGCUCCUGCCCACCUAGCAGUUCGAAAGCACCUCAAAGUGCAAGUAGAUAAAUAGGUACCGCUCCAGCGGGAAGGUAAACGGCAUUUCCGUGCGCUGCUCUGGUUCGCCAGAAGCGGCUUAGUCAUGCUGGCCACAUGACCUGGAAGCUGUAUGCCAGCUCCCUCGGCCAAUAAAGUGAGAUGAGCACCGCAACCCCAGGGUCGUCCGCGACUGGACCUAAUGGUCAGGGGUCCCUUUACCUUUACCUUUAACCAUGGCCCUUUCCCAUCCUCUCCCUUUUAGAAACAACCUCUUCCACCGGCUAUGCUGUGGAGCAACGCUGCUCCAACACUUGCUUGAUCGCCAAGGUUAGUUGGCCGUCGCUGUUUACUUUCACCUGCUGUCAAGAGGACAGGUGCAACGGCACAGCGAAUGUAAGGUUUGGCAUGCUUAUGCUAGUGGUGCUGGUUGUCAUCAGAGCUUUGAUUUGA